AUGCCGGGUACGACGAGGACAUGGCUGGUGGUGGCGACGGUGCUCGUGGCCGCCACAGUGGCGACGGCGAACGUGGAGACGGGUGAGUUAGGGGAGUACUAUAUGAAGCGCUCGCAGGAGACCCGGUUUCGGCGCGGCGGCCCCCUCCAUGACAUCAUCAGCGCCGCUCAUCGCUACCACCAGAACCUCUUCAGUUCCAGGUACGGCUCAGGCCGGCGGUACCUCCUGGAAGAGGGAGAAGCUGCAGCCGGCGCGGAAGCCCCCGCCGACUCUACCGGCGAUGCUACUCCUAUCCACAAUACGCUCAGGGAUCACGAAAUGAUGGGCGCAUAACUUAUACUGAUUGAUUUUUUAUUAUUUGCGUACGUACAUGUAUGUGUGUAUCUGUUACUGCACAAGUUGUUGACUUUUUUUUCUUUUCCUUUUGUUAGUAUAGCUGCUUCUCUGCGGAACCAGUAUGGUCCACGCAUCAAGCCGCUGCAAAACAUGUGUAUAAAUGUUAACACUGAUUAAUUUGUAACCUUUUUUGCGGGAGAUAUUAACUUGUAACUAAGUAAUACAGCUAUAUUUUAUGGGCAUGUCAUGCCAUUACGUUAGCACUUAGCAGCGACGCACCAUAUGUUGUAGUAUAUGUGUACAGUGUACUAGUAUAAUACUACUAGUGCAUAAAAUGCAUGUAUGCUACGUGUUCGCCACUACUGUAUUUUUUUUGGUGGUUAUUGGGAAGCAAAUUAAUAAGCCUCUACAUGCUUUGCACCUCAUUUUAUUUGUCUAUGAGAUUGUUUCUAAAGUUGUCACUUUUUUUUCGGCAAAGCGAAUAUAUUAAUAUUUAGAAGAUGUUAGUUACAUCUACACCAACACAAUCUCAAGAGCUAUUUAAGACA